UGCUAAAUCAUAGAUCUAGUAGACGACCUAGAUUCUGCAGUAGACUCAUCCUGUAUUCUCUAGUGACUCUAGUUUUAUAUACAUUUGGCUACCAAACUCAUCAGCUGCAGAGAAAAUGUCAACCUUACCUAAACCCCCAUGAUUGCUAGCUAUUAAUAUGCUUCAUUAUAUUUAUAUUGAGCACUGAAAAACUCUAUUUGAGUUGAUAGCUCUGCAAUAUGGAAAUAAAAUGACUUGCCUAACGAAGGAUUUGCUGCUAAAAAAUGCAAGAACCUACUGAAAAUGAUGUUUCUGGGGCCCUUUGGCCCCACAGUGAAGUUCUUGACACUGAUGUAGAAAAACAUGUUCUAGACGCUGAAACGCCGGACAGGUUUGAAGAGUGUGAAAAGGCUCAGCUAAUUAGUGACGCUGGCGAAGGAGAGUCAGAGGAAAAUAUUGUCAAAAGCAAUGAAAUAGUUGCCGAAGCCAGUGUUGGUAGUCAUAAAAGUCGUACCCCUCGAUUUAACUUGCGCCUUGUAAAUAGCAGAACUCAGAAAUCUCAGAAAGAUGCCAAAUCUAAAGAUGGGCAUGUUGAAAAUGGUCUAGAGAAAGACAAGCAUGUGUCGUUUGAAGGAGAUGGUAAAUAUGAACAUCUAGAAGACGCCCCAAAACUGGAGUUUGUAUCCGACAAGGCUAGAAAAUUUGGCAGAGGCUCGAGUAGCACAGAUUUCUUUGGACAUAGUUCCGAGGAAGAUGACAACGAGAGUGAGUCAGUGGAUACCAGGGUUUCUGGUACUACUGUAAAUGUUCAAAAUGAUGAGGUCGUUGCUAUAACAUCUUCAUCACUAGAAGACAACAAAACACCAUACAGCAUUUUAAAGUCGGAAAAUCACAAUCGGUCUUUUCUGAAGGAUAAACUCACUUCAUCCAUUCGUGGUAAGCAGAGUAAUGUCCCUGUUAAGGGAAGUGAGAAAUCCCCACUGCUCGGUAAACAUAGUCCACCCAGCUCUGUCAGCUCCGUAAAUGCUUCGCUGCCCAGACAUUCCUUUAAAGAUGAAGAUUCACAUCAUGAACAAUUAUCAUCCCCUACUAGGUCCUUCAACUCAUCGGAAGAUGACUCUCAGUUUCAUAACCUUUCCGAAGACACAGAUCAGCAUCCUUCACCUAGCAUUAUCUCUGAUGAUGGGGACGGCGCUUGCAACAAGUAUUCUCAGCUUUCCGAGCACGGCUCCUCCACAUCCUCCCCGCUCACCUCCGGAGACAUCGAUGACAGAAAGCAAGGGAAUGAGGACGACAGGCUGCUUCGGGAGAACGGAGCGGACGAAGGGAGGAAGUCGGGGAAGAGAGAGGUAGCGGGUCUCUUAGAAAAUCCCCUGCAACUGGGAACAGCCUUCAGCCCUUUUGUUGAUGUGGACAAGUUCAGGGAGUCCCUGGGGCAAAGGUCACCCAGAACAGAGGAUAACUUUGGUGGCAGAUCUGAAGAGCAUUUGCUGGUCCUGCUCAAAGGUGGCUCUAAUCGGAACCUCAAGUCCUACUUACGAAACUCUCAGUGGCCAGCAGAAAGUAAUGCAAGACACAGACUUUGGGAAAAUGUCUGCUCUAAUAGAUUUGGGAAAUUUCAAGAUAAUCUCUAUAAAGAAGUUUCAGAAGAACUCUUUGAGAAUGCAACUGAUGAAGAUAUCGAGCUUCCCCCGUUUGUUGACCCAGAGCAUCUCCACAGUUACUUCCUGAAUGCCAGCGGCAUUCUAGCCGUCAAGAAGGUGAUGAAUGUGAUCAGCAGGAUGAGUCCAGACAUCAUCUUCUGCCCGCUGCUGUACCCCAUGUCUUCCAUUUUCCUACAUUACAUGUCCCCGGAAGCUUGCUACAACUGCAUGCAGGCAUUGCUCGGAGUCAACAAGGCCAGCAUGUUCUUUCUCACCCAGUCCAAGACUAAAACCGAGGCUUCCAAGUAUGUCUUGCUGGAUCUGGCUAAAAAAUAUACGAAAAAUGCUUAUGUUCUGAUAGAACGCAGCAGCAAGAACCAAGUGGCAGUCUUUGACAAUUGGAUGUGGUGGCUGUUUAGGGAUUUACCGUUUCAUUAUUCAGUGAGUAUCAUUGAUAGUUAUCUCCUGGAAGGAUACAAAGUGUUCUACAGAAUGGCUCUAGCUGUCAUCUAUCUUUUCACCAAAGAUUCCAAUAGACGUGGUAGUCGCAGCUCACCAGUCCAGAAUAUCAACGCAGCCAUUUCCAGAUUCUGUGGCAACAUGCAAACUGACACUAAGAAAUUUAUUAAGGUUGGGUUUGGCAUACGAGGUUUGACGAGAAAGGAAAUCACAAAACUGCACACAAAGCAUGAAGCCAACCUACGAAACCUUCCAGUCAGCAAUGACAUCCGAAAAGUUGUCUCUAGUCCCAGCAUGGGCCAGUUUUUGAUUCCUCGUGCGUAUAAAGGUCAAGUUUCCACUGAUGCAGGUCCAUCAGCAGUUUUAACUCCAGAAAUGAUGAAACUUAUAUGGACCUGGAUACCAAUGAGGCUAACCCUUAUGACACCAAAGCUGCUUUUCUCUUCUGAUGAAGAUGGCACAGCACUUAGGACUCUGUACCAGAAGACAGAACGCUACCCACAAACUUUGAUGGUGAUUAAGACAACCAACAAUGAGGUGUUUGGGGCCUACUGUUCUGUUCCAUGGGAGACACGCUACGAGGCCAACAAGCCUCACAUGUCUUUUUUUGGCACUGGUGAGACCUUUGUCUUCACUUUCCAGCCCGCCCCCAUCAAGUAUCCGUGGACCGGAACUCUUGGGGACAAUGCCCCGGUCCAUCCAGUGGAUCAUUUUAUGGCUGGCGAUGACACCAUGCUGAUUGUGGGCAGUGGUAACGGUGAAGCCAUCUACUUAGACACGAUGAUGAACCGAUGCAGUACGACCCACUGCGAUACGUUUGAUAACGACCCUCUCUGUUCAGAUCAUGAUUUUACUUGCCUAAUAGUACAAGUGUUUGGGUUUGUGGACUGAAGUUGUCAAUUAAGCUCAUUGACUGUGCCGCAUGGUGGAUUGUAAUCAUAGAAGCCUCUGGAAUGACCCCAGCUUCCUUGUGCAAGACAUCCUCCAUCUCCAGCUGUGGAACUUAUGUCUGCACUUUUUGAGAAUACACAUAGUGUCACUCUUUUAUCUUAGUGUAUGAACAAAUCUGUAAAGUAGCAGACGUGAAAUUUAAAAAGGGACAAAUCUGUAAAGUAGCAGACGUGAAAUUUAAAAAGGAACAAAUCUGUAAGUAGCAGACAUGAAAAUGAAAAAUUGAAAAAUGUAAAUUUUUUUAGACUGUGAUAGAAAUUUUUUUUAAAAUAAUUUUAAUAGUUUUUUGUCUACACAGGACAUUGUUUUAUACUGGACUUAAGUUAUACUUGCAUGAUAAUUUAUACUUACAUAAAUAUAUGCUUACAAAAAUGACCAGGUUGGCUUAUAUAUCGAGUGAAGUUUAAUAACUUACAAUUCUAUAUACCGGAGAACAUUGUUGGUAUUAGAAAUACUGGCUCUUGUAUAUUUUUACUCUUCGGCGUAGAUUCUUUUAAUGGAGAAAUAUGCUAAAAGCUUACUGUGAUUGACUCGUUGAUUUGAGCUUUUUUUAAGUUACCUGCCCAUGAAUUUGGAAACUUACUCUCCCUAGACUGUUCGGUCUUGAACUUACAGUUGAGUCCACUUUCAUUUCACUUGCAAAUGCCUUUUUAUUGUGAUGGCAUAAAAAAAAUUUACUUCAAAGAAUUAUUCAACGAAAUGUUAUAGGUAGUAGUUUUAAACAGCCAUUUUACUUUGUGUGUAAAUAUUUUUCAGCACUUUAGUUUUUAGCGUUGUAUUUUUCAAACUGUUGGGGGAAUGGGUUAAAGUUCAUUUGGUUUGGAAGCAAAAAAAAUCUGUUAUUCCUGGGCUGUGCUGUACUUCCUGUGUAUCUAGUCAGAUUAUCUUCUGCUGACAUUUGUUUGUUUUGAACCUUGUCUUCUAGAAUGCUCUGUGUUUUUAAAUAUACUUGGAGCUCUUCAACCCAGAAAAGUACCUAGUUGUGAUUUUUUUUUUUUUUUAAAUAUAGCUUUGUUUUAUUGAGUUGCCAGGUUUUUCUGUUUUAUGAGGCUACUUUUUAAUAAAUAGCCAUUGAAGUGAGCCAAAUCUUAAGUUUGGAUGACUUAUUCUAAAUAGUUGUAUUACUGGUACAUAAGAAGAAAAUAAUUUUCUUAGUAGGUGGGGGGGGGGGGUAAUUUUUUAAACAUAAAGUUUUUAUUUAGCAUCUAUUAGUGAAUUAUUCUGUGUAUCUGCUAUGUCCUAUAACAAACAGUCACCUUAUUAUUAUUUUUUUAGCUCCAAAUAUUCAAGGGAGGUAAUCUUCUUUGUCAGAGAUGCAUAAUAUUUUAUCUUUUGUUCCUUUGGUUCUGUCGUCAAGUGGCAGCAUUUAUGUUGUAUACAUUGUGAAAUAGCGGGCGCUGUUAAUUGAUUUUCAUGCUUCAUUUUGUGUGCAACCUCAACACUGGAGAACAAUUGAAUCACUGCAAUUGUUAAAUAUAGUUAACAAAAUGCUCAUACUAUACGAAAGUUAUUGUAUACUCAUAGAUCAGAAAUAGUUAUUUACUAUGUACUUAUCACUCCAUUGAUCUAAUCAGAAUUUGUUUAUUUAACAUUUUCCAUUUCGAACUAGUGUUGAUUAAACGUUUAUUAUAAUUUUAACUGGUACUAAAACUUCCUUUUAUCACUAACUAACUCAUUAAAUCAGUUCCUCAGUGUAGCCUUGGAAGUAUUUCAGAUUUAGUUUCUUAAAUAGUUGUUCUUGGGUUAGGGUUUGUUUACGCCUGCAUUCAUAACUUUCUUUGUCCACAAGUAAAUGUAAACUUUACUUUUGAAGAUAGGAGCUAUAGUCAUUGUACAUAUUACUGCCAUAUCCAAGAAAUAAGUCACUUUUGAACAAAUGCUGUGUACAGUUAUUUCAGUUGCAUGCCUGUGUUUUUUUCGUAUGUAAUGGAAGUUAGAAGUUAGUUGAAUAGUCAUUUCACACCAUCUAUUUAAACAACUUUUGUCUAAGCAGCUGCAUAACCUUUUUUUUUACAAAUUAUUUCUUUAUCUAAUAUCACUAUUACCUACAUGUGUUGAUGGCAGUGUUUGACUCUAAAAAGUAAUCAAGUCCCUAUAUACAAUUAUUAUGAGAGCCAUAAAGUUUACAAAAUGUUUGCAUUCCUGGGGUUGUAUGUGGUUUGAUGUAACCAAAUAAAUUCCUACAAAACUUAACUUUAAUGUCCCCAAAUUAUAUGAUUUUUUUUCCUUCAGCUUCUUGUCCGAUGACUCUACAUCAGCACAAAGUGGCAAGCAUUGUUAUAUAUUUUGUAUGUUUCUGCCGCAGAAAGUUUUGUGUCAUUCUGAUCAUCAGUAUUAUUUUUAAUGACGUUAUGAUUUUUUUUUGUUCAAUUUAAACAUUCCGUGUUGACUUUAUAGUAUAAUUAGUUUAAUUAAAUUCUAAGCGUCUCUCAGGCUAAUCUGUUAUCUCUCACAUCUUGUGGUGUUGACCAGAGAAGCCCAAACUACGUCUUUGCUGGCCAUAUACAGCCGGUGAUGUUUUGCUGACUGGCCCCUCGAAAUUUCUGUCCACAAUGCAUGAUAAAGACUCCGUUCCAUUGGGCUCGAUUUUUUUGUGUUGAUGCAGCCAGUGGCUUGAUGUAGUAGAUAGUGAUAGUCUGCAUAGUUCUUGUCUUCAUGCUUUCAUAUUGUUUUAGCAUGUGGAGUGCGCUCUGGUCUACUUUAUGUCAGUAAUCAUUCUAGAAGGACAAGUAUCUGCCUGUAGCUUUCAAGGCUUGAGAAAUUCAAGGCUUGAGAAACGCAAAUAAGCUUGAAAAAAUUGACCCGUAUGGUUACCUUUUGUUGGCCUCCUUCAGUCGUAGAGUGACUAUGGUUCAUCUUUAAUAAGCGAGAUGAAAGCCUGGGCAUUGUUUAUGGUCGGAACCAUGUCACCCACGCAGCAGUUCCCCCCUCUCCGUUAGCUGACGUGACAGAAGGAACAGAAUAUCCGAUACAGUAUGGGAUCAGUAGCGCCGCAGGCUCUGCAAGGCUGUAGCACGGUGUGCCACAAUUUGCCUAACAUGUAGAUUGCGAAUAGCAGGGAAGGGUUUCUGUCUUGAGCUUAUGCAAGAGAGGAUUUGAUCCUCUAAAGCCCUAUCUGAAAACAAAUCUCAUCAAGCCUUUUUAUAACUCAGCCACUCUUCCUCCGACAUCUCAAAAUUGUUUAAAGUUUUACAUGCAUAAAAGUUACAGGGUAGUAUGAACGUUCAUAGUGUUUUAGAUACCAGUAUUGUUUUCAUAAAUAAUUUUCACACACUAAUAUAAUGAAUGUCUAAGUCUUGUUUGUCAUGACGUUUGAGCUGAACAAAUUGUAAUUAUUGUUUUCUUAGAUUUGGUGUUUGUUUGAUCAGUUAGUAACACGUGUUUCUUGUUUUGAUGGUUCCUUGAUGAAAGGUACUCAUGUGCAAUAUUCAGGAUGACUUUUUGCCAAUAAUACUCUUUGAAAUUGUGUUUUCUAGUUGUAUCUAAUCUGUGUUGAAUAUUCAUUUCAUCUUCUAGUUUAAUGUCAUUGUGAAAUUAGAUUGCAUUCUGCAGUGUUGGUGUUAUGUUGGAAAUGUAUUUUUGUCUGCAAGGUUAGUGUCCUUUCAGCUUAGCCUGCUGGGUUGGGGUAAUUUUAAUUUAAAUUGUGUUGCGCAAGCUCUGAAUAGGUGUUCCACGAAAUACUGGAAUAAUUAACUAGUAGGCCACUGCAAGAAUUAAUCUCUAAAAAUUAGCAAAAUGUUCUGUUAACUCAGAAUGUGCAAAGUGUUCCAUUAAAAAAAAGUUUGGGAACCGCUGAUUUAUAAUAAUGGUUUGAGAUUAUUUCAAUUUAGACUGCUGGCUGUUGCAGUUUUGUUUUUUAAAUCUAUCAAACCCUAGGGGUUAAAUGUUUUGAGCAUGUGGUGUAAAAUGUGUUUAGUUUUGACUUGUGACUUGAUCAAGAAGUAUUAUAUGUAUAUAUACUUAAAAUAACAAACAGACAAAAAAAUUGUGACGCUGGAAAUAUUGUCUAUAGUGUUAAAGGUGGUUUAUUUGUGAUUAUGUAAAUUUCUUAUGUACUAAGCUUCCCUAAUGUAUGCAUGUUCCUUAUCGUAUGACGCCCAUGUAUUAAUAUACACUGUUAUUUUUGUACCGGGAGAGGUUUUCUCAUGUUCAGAAUGUACAAAUGACUUUACAUAGAGUCCCUCAGAUCAGGAGUAGCUACACUGGAGAACUGAAAAAUUGUUUUUAGCCAAGAAAUCUGUAACAUUUUUUGUAUUUAUUAAUUCUCAUACUGGUGGUCACCCAUAUCAGUCAAUUAUUACAGAAAACUAUCUUAAAUUGUACUUAGAAAUCUUUACAUUAUCACUCAUCAGUAAGGCUGUUUUUGUCAGGAUUAUAUAUACAUUUAACUUAUUAUAAGUUUCAAUUUUCUCCUAUUAUUAUUUUUUUAACACCAUAAUUAUUUAAUAUAGCUCCUUCGCGGUCGAAGAUGAGCAUGUUUCUCAUUUCCUUCUAACUCGAAGAUUCAAGUCCAAAUUCUUGCUUCAAAAAGCCAUCCACUUACAUGGCAUGGGUCAAUUGGGUCUACUGCAGAUAAGCCUGCUUCAUUUCUCAGCCUAGCUUUUGUAUUCUUUCAUGCUGGCCACUCUCCUUGUCUUGCAUUGUGUUUCCUAGCCAUAAAUGUCAAUCUCAAAGAGAGCUUUUGAUGGUGUCUUUGUAACCCUUGUGUUGUCCCCCCCUGAGAACGCUUUCCUACCCACAGUUCCCCAUGAAGAGGUCAUUUGGGGAGGCGAUUUUCAGGUAUACUGACAUCGAAAUUGAAACCUUUCAGCUGUGGCAUGGAUAUUGUUCAUAUGUGAACACUUUAGGAUUUUUUAAGUAGAACCAGUUCAAACCAGUUCACCUGAUAAAUUAUAUCUCAUCUGUCCCUUGAAUUUCAUCGUAGAGAUGCUGUGGCAGUUUGUGUAACCAAAUCCCUCCGCUUUUUACGGUCAGCAGCUGUUCUUGGCAGGAUAUCAAGAGACAGGCCGGUCCAUUCUUUUACAUUGUCCAGCAAGCUUUGCUUGGGAUAGCCCUCUCUUCUAACUUCCUACCACUAGAAUGAAAUCAAAAUUUACACUUGUUUAAGUUAUUAACAUUGCACUCAGAACUCUAGUCCUUUAUUUUUGGUCCUAACAAGUUCCCAAUAACUAGAUUUUGAAUUUCCAUGAACCUUCCUUGGAAUGUUUUUGUUAUUUAGAUCUAUUGAAUCUUCACAAAGUUGAUUAGUUUCUCAUAAUGUUGUAGAUGUAGAGAUUUACUAAAAUCGGUGUGGUGGCCGAGUGGUAAAGCACUUGGCUUCAAAACGAAGGGGUUGCAGUUUCAAGUCCUGGAGAAGAAAGGGAUUUUGAUUUCUAGAUUUUUAGUGCCCCUCUUGAGUCGACCUAAAUCUAAUGCUGGCCACAUGACACCCUCGUUAACCGUUGGUCCACUGUGUACCGUUCCACUUCUGGUCUGUUGCUGUCUUCAUGACCCAAUCUAUGGCUAGUGGAAACAAGAAGUGAGAGAGUAAACAGCCUUGUCUCACUCCUGUUUGGAUUUCAAAUGUCUCUCUGUCAGUUGUCUGCCAUGCACUGCAAAUCCCCUCGUAUGACUUCUUUCUUGAUUGAUAUUUGUCAUUUUUUCAGGCACUCCAUAGUGUCUCAAAAGUCUCCAGAAGGUCUGUCUGUCCACGCUGUCAAAAACCUUCUCAGUCUAUAAAACUGUCUAUAAAACUGACGUAAGAGAUGGGAGUUCCAUUCCAUGGACUGUUCCAAAAUUAUGCGUAGUGUCGUUAUCUGAUCUGUGCAUGAUCUCUCCUUUCGAAAGCUGGCUUGAUGAUCACGGAGAUGUGGAUCUACAGCAUCUUUCAUUCGGUUUAGUAAAAUGCAGUUAAACACUUUUCCUGGACAGUAGUUUUAUCUCUCAAUUAAUAUAAGUUUGUCAAUGCUGAUACUGAAUGUCGUACAAGUUUAAUAGCAAUAGAGGAAACUGUCGAAUGUCAGCGCUACGUUUAGAAAAGGCUUCCUAUCUAUACUGCGUCCUGGAAGCUGUUUAUGUCGGCUGGUAUUUCAUUAUGUCUAAAACCUUGUCUUAUUUUUACGAGUUGUGUCAUUGUCUCUAGGUCAAAACUUCCCCUAGUUCCGACACAAAUAACUAAUUCCUAAUCGUGCCAUAACAGCUUGACAUUUCUAUCUAUUUCAGCAUAUUCUUUUUGUGCUUUUCCUUUUGUUGCUCUUGUUUUGCUGUUGUUCACGCCUGCUUUCUUCUCUCUUCUUGUCUUGAUCUUCUAAAGUGUUUCUGUGCUGAAAUCUACUCCUAGUGGGUGUAUGACUUGGGACCCAGUACUUCUUGGCAUGUGGAGGUUACUGUCUCUUUCAGUUUCUGCCACGUCUGUUCUUCUGUCUCCUCUUCUGCUCGUGUGUAUUUCGCAUGUGAAUGUUGUUUGUGCUUGUAUCUAAAUUAUUACCGUUACAAUAUUAAUGCUCAGCUGAACAAAGGUAGUCAAAUUUAAUUACCAUAUUUUUGGAACCACUAACCACUAAAAUUAUCUCAUCUUUAAAGGUGUCAUUUAAAUUUCAUGCCUCUUUACUUUCUAAACGAGCCUCAAGGCCUCUUUCACUUUCUCAAAUUCCUUUUAUUGUUGCCUCACAUUUGGCAAGGUCUUCUUCCAUGCUGUAGAUCUAUAGAUACACACAACAUACAGGUUGAGAAAAGACAUAAACCUUUUGAAUCCACACUUCAUGUUAAGAAUGUACACACAUACACAAAGAUUUUUUUUUUCCAAAUGUACCACUUCAUGAACAUGAACAGAAACAAAAUAGAAACCAUUGUUCAGAACGUCAAAUAGAAGCCUACUAGACCAAAACAAAAAGUUUUGUGAAUAAAAUGAAUAGAUGAACAUCUGGGCAAAGACCAGUAAUGUUCGGUACAAUCAUAGCUCAAGUUUGAACAAAACCAUUUUUGUUUGUCAUGGCACAGGAAAUAAUGUAAAGUAUCUUUAACUCCAAAGAAUAAUCUUCUUAACUCCAAAGAAUAAGCUAACUAGUCAAGUGGGCUAAAAGUAGAGUGUGUGAGUGAACGACUAGGUUAAUAGGUCAAUUUUUUCUGAUGACCUUGAAGAGAUGUUUAGGAAUAGGUAGAAGACUAAGAAUUAUGUAGCAAUCCAGAAAAGUCUUUUUUUUUAGAAUCAAGAAAGGCCAAGCAACACGAAGCUACCUAGAUGGGUCAUUCUUCAGUGGUCAUUCUUCAUUGACCAGUAGUUGUUGUACUUCCAUUAUUUAACAAUAUUGUAAGUCAGCCAUGUUAUUAUACUAUUAGUAAAAGUGAGUCAUAUUAAUUUUUUAAAUUGUUGGAUAACUUAAUUUGAUUGAAUCAAGUUUGAAGACAUUAAACUCAAGAAAGAUAUAUUCUAAUCUAGACAUCUUCAAUGUGUUUGAAUAGAGACAAUACUACUCUCCAUUAGAUAGAGCUCAUGACAGUGAGGACAAAUACAAUAUAUGCUUGAAUCUUACGUAAUUAUCUUUUUGGGUUAAUUAGGUUUCAAAAAAAAAUUUUUCAAGCUCAUCAACUGAUCGGUUGUUUCUUGUAGUAGCUUUUUGGUCUCCGCAUAUUCAAGUUUAUAUGUUUCUUUUUCAUAUCUCUGAGUUGGUGGUUGGAAGAUCUUGCACAUUUUUGGGCAAAUACUUUUCAUUUUAUUUUUCAUAUUAAUGAUGAUUUCCUAGAAAGCAGAAAAUAUUUUUUUUGAAAUAAGAUAUUUGUCUUAAGUAGAUCUAUUUGUUAGCUUCUUAAGUAUAUUUAUUUGUUAGCUUCUUAAGUAGAUCUAUUUGUUAGCUUCUUAAGUAGAUCUAUUUGUUAGCUUCUUAAGUCGGUCUAUUUGUUAGCUUCAUAAAUUGGUCUAUUUGUUAGCUUCUUAAGUCGGUCUAUUUGUUAGCUUCAUAAAUUGGUCUAUUUGUUAGCUUCUUAAGUAGAUCUAUUUGUUAGCUUAUUAAAGCUCACUCCUUAAAAAAAAAACAACUCAUUUUCUACUAUGAGCUGCUUCUUUUGCCAAUGAUUCAAUGUAGUUCCUCGUCUUUUCUGAUGCUACGCUUGACAUUCCUGUUUUAGCAUAUUCUUUUUGUGCUUUUCCUUUUGUUGCUCUUGUUUUGCUGUUGUUCAUGCCUGCUUUCUUCUCUCUUCUUUCCUUGAUCUUCUGAAGAGUUUCUGCUGAACUCCACUCCUUGUGGGUGUAUGACUUGGGACCCAGUACUUCUUGGCAUGUGGAGGUGACUGUUUCUUUCAGUUUCUGCCACUGUCUCCUCUUCUAGCAGCUCUUCUAGGAGCUGGAACUUUGAUAAGGUGAUCUUGAACUCUUCCUGUUUUGUGCAGUCUUUCAGUACAAUGGUAUUGUAAUGUUGGCGUUGGCUGGGCCACUUGUUCAAGUCUUGUUUGGAUCUCUGCAGAUAGGUCUGCUGAUAUCCAAGUGGCCUUGUGUAUUCGUUUGUGUGGGAAGACAGUUCCUCCAAUCACUAAGUUGCUCGUGGCACACAUAACUGCAAAUCUCUCUGCAUUUUCGUUCAUCUCACCUAGUCCAUGUUUUCCCAUGAAAUCUUCAUAUCCUCUGUUGUCAUUGCCAACCUUAGCAUUCAAGUCGCCCAUUAUAAUGAGGAUGUUUUUUUUAGGUCUGUCAUAUAGGGUGGGCAAAAAGAGGAAGGUAAAGGAAAUGGGGGACUGUACACUAGAAAUUAAGGUUCUUACAAACUCAUCUGGCCUCACAGCAAGGUAGAACAAUUUUCAUUUCUAAAGGAACACCCAAAACUUGUAGAGGAAAUUUGCAUAUACACUUAUGCCUGGUUGCCUCAAAUCCCAUUCAAAUUAUAUAGUAUAAAUUUAGGUUUUAGCAUCUGUUAUGGUAUAAUAGAAUUUUGACAGAUCCUCUCAUUUUUUUUUAUUUUGAAAAAAACAUCAAUAAAUAAAUUAAAAUGUUUAAUUUAGAAUUAUAUUUGUUUAUAGCUGAUAGAGAUAUUAAUUUCAUUAGAAUAAAGUAUAGAGAUUGUAGAUUAGCAAUCUCCCAUGGCUACCAGAUUGAUUUUAAGCCAUGACAUAAGUGUUUGGUGAAUUGUCUCCCCUGUUAUAGAUUUCAUACUGAACAUGCUUUAUGUCAUUUUGAGAUCUAAUUUGUAAUAGUCUGAUUCAAAAUUGUUUUUGUGUUAAUUUUUAAAUACUGAAUUGAAAUGAAAUACAUUUUUUGGGGGUCAAAAUAGGAUAUGGUAUUUUUAUUUAUAUUUAUUUAUUUAUUAGAUUUUUUUUUACCAGCUCUCAUAAAUGUGUUCCUAGUAGUAGUGUCUCUUGUAUCAUGGGCUGUGCCUGCCGUUAGCUUUCACUGAACUAAUUAAAUGUCCCUGUUUGUUUUGAAGAAACCUCAAUGGCUGGCUCAGUUUGUGGCCUUUGGUUUACUUUUAGUCAUAUAAUGAAGAUAAUUACUGUUAAGCACUUGUCAGUUAUUAUUCAGGUAUCAUUGCUAAUUGAUAUUGACCAAUUAGAAACGUUUGACUUGAGCGUGCAUGGUUAGUGUACUUGUUAAACCUAUGUAAAUCAUUUUACAGUCAGUGAGAAAUAGAUCAGAUAAGUUAAUUACUGUUUAAUUUAAUUAUUCGUGUCUAUGUGCAAUAGAAGAGAACUACACCUCUCUUUGUUUGAUUUGUAGUAGCCAACCAAAAUACUUAACAUGAAGCUUGGUCCCGCUUACUUUCAUUACUUUCAUCAUAGUUUCAUUUAGAUCUUCUUUUUUUUUCUUAGUUUCAUGUAGCAUUCAUCUUUCUUUUAUUUCAACAUGUCUACUCCUUUGGCCCCUUAAACUGAUCCUCCUUAGUAGGUCCCAAUGCUGAUAAUCUUGCUGGGCCCCCCAUGCUGAUUUUCAUGCUGGUCCCCAUGCUGAUUUUCAAUGCUGAAUCUCAUGCUAGGCCCCCAUGCUGAUUCUUGUGCUAGGCCCCUAUGCUAAUUCUAAAGCUGAUCUCAUUGACUACUGCCCCACCAUUUAAUCAUUUAAUACCAACCUUAUCUUUGCUAUUUAUAUCACAAACAUGACAGUAGUUGAUAGAUCAUUUGUGUUAGCUGUGUUUGACGUGUAGAUUGUCUCCUCCUGUUCUCUUCCGUCUAAGGUCAUGGUCAUGACUAAACAUUUUUUAUUUCAAAUUUUGUAUGAGCCACUCGUCAUCAUUACAAUUGGUUGAUUUUAAAUUUUGUUCCUUUUGUCUUUCAAAACAUAGGUUUGGGUUACAGAAAUACAUAAUUUUAGAUUUUUUUUUUUUUUUUUUUUUUUUUUUUUAUUUUCCAAUUCUGCAUAUCGUUGCUGUUGGGCUAUAAACUAAUGUUUUUGGUAAAGAUCUAAGUGAGAAACUAUUUGAAUAAUUUUUUUAAACCAUGGGCCAGUAUUUAUAUUUAUUGACAGUUUCAAUCUUAGAACUGUAAGAUUAUAGACUUUGUUUUGAAGAAAAACAAAAAAUUAUUUUAACUUAUUUCUUUUAUUUAUAAUCAUGUUUUAGGUUUCUCAUUCAGUAUGUUGAAGUAACUGAUUACCUUAUAAUUUAUUAACGGAUGUUAUUUUAUGUUACUGUUAUUAAACAUACUAUAAUCUGGAGUAUUAACGCUUGAUUAUUUUUGUUCCAUGAUGACAAAAAAAAAACUUCAUUUGCUCUCAAUUUUUUUAGUUUUGCUUUGUUAAUGUAAUCAAAUAAAAUACGUUU